AUGGGUGCACUAAUUUCGCUCCCUAUUGGGAUUGCGAGCUCAACUGUGCCUUUCUUAGGUGCUUGUGCUUGUUCUUCUUUUUGUUCUAUGAUUGGGGGAACUUAUCUGUCCUCAAUACUAACGAGAAUCACAUACGCUUUUAUUUUGUUGUUAGAUUCCUUACUCGCAUGGGCUGCUCUCUCGCCUUUUAUCGCUCACAAGUUAGAGAAGGCUACAUUUGGAUUUAUUAAUAACAAAUGCGGUCCAGAAGGUGGCCAGUGCAUAAGCUUCACAUCUGUUUACAGAAUAUGUUGCGCCUUAGGAGUACUUCAUUUAUUGUUGGCUGCGUUCUUGGUAAAUGUUAAGUCUACUAGAAAUCCUAGGGCUGUGAUACAAAAUGGUAUCUGGCAAGGGAAAUUAGCUCUAUGGGUCGUUUUCAUAGUAAUAAACUUCCUUUUAAUUCCGGAUAAUUUUUUCAUCUUCUAUGGCAAUCACAUCGCGAUGAUUUUCUCCACGAUUUUUAUUGGUAUAGGUCUUAUAAUACUAGUUGAUUUUGCCCACAGUUGGGCAGAAACUUGUCUUGAAAAAAUAGAAAUGGAAGAACUUACUGGUGAGGGAGAUGCGGGAUUUUGGAAGAAAUUACUCGUAGGUGGAACGUUGGCAAUGUAUAUUUCAAGUUUCGCCUUAACAAUACUUAUGUACUGCUUUUUUGCUGGUAAAAGCUGCAGCAUGAAUAAAACAGCUAUAUCACUAAAUUUGGUAUUUUCUAUUAUCAUAUCUGGCAUAUCGGUGAAUCAAACUAUUCAAGAAUCUAAUCCCCAUGCUGGAUUAGCGCAGGCAUCAAUGGUAGUCUUUUACUGCACUUAUCUAAUAAUGAGUGCGGUAUCAUCAGAACCCGAUGACAAGUUUUGUAACCCUCUAGUCAGAUCGAAGGGCACAAGAACUGCGAGUGUCGUAUUGGGAGCGUUCUUUACCUUUAUCGCAAUUGCUUAUACUACGACUAGAGCAGCUGCACAUUCUGCAUUCAGUAUGGCAGAUGAUGAAUCACUUAUUUCUACUCAGCCAGCUGUUAGAAAUGAGAUGAGAUAUCAGGCAAUUAGACAAGCUGUUGAUGAAGGUUCAUUGCCAGAAAGUGCUCUAUCGCAGCCUAGUUUGUUCGAAGAAGACGGUGAAGGCACUGAACGUGAUGAAGAAACACAAAAAGUGAAAUACAACUACUCUUUAUUCCAUAUAAUCUUCUUUUUGGCUACACAGUAUGUUGCAACAUUGCUUACUAUUAACGUUCAGCAAGAUGAUCUCGGUGACUUUGUUCCUGUUGGUAGAACAUAUUUCGCGAGCUGGAUUAAGAUAAUAAGUUCUUGGGUGUGCUUCAUUCUUUAUGGCUGGAGCCUUAUUGCACCUACUCUUUGGCCAGAGAGGUUUGGGGUUCAAUUGUAG